AUGGGGAGGUUCUCUUUUAUUGUACUUCUAGCUCUUGUUGAUUUCUUCCUUGAAUGCUCACAUUUUUGCUGGUGUGCAAGUGCAACCUCAACUAUUGCCUGCAUAGAAGCAGAAAGACUGGCUCUUCAAGACUUCAAAGACAGCCUAACCGGCAACCUCAAUCGGCUCUCUUCGUGGACAGGCCAGGAUUGCUGCAAAUGGGAAGGAGUUGGCUGCAACAACAGCACUGGACAUGUCAUCGAGCUUGACCUCCGAAACCUGGUCUAUCCAGAUUCAUUAGGAUAUGUUAUUGAAGUUUCCAACCGGUUAAAAGCAAAAGCUGUUAACCCGUCUUUGCUGGAGUUGACAUAUUUGGAGCACCUGGACUUGAGCUGGAAUGAUUUCAUGGGAAGCCCAAUUCCCAUUUUCCUUGGUUCAAUGCAAAGAUUGCGGUAUCUAAAUCUCUCUAAUGCACGCUUCAAUGGUGUAAUCCCUCAGCAACUUGGUAAUCUGUCUAAGUUGCAUGCUCUUGAUCUUAGUAGCGGUCCAAGUGAGUAUGAUUUUCAGCUCUCAGUAAGAAACCUUCAAUGGCUUUCACAAAUUUCAUCUUUGAGACGCCUUGACUUGAGCUGGGUGAACCUUAGUGCAGCCUUUGACUUGGUUCAGGUACUCAACAAGCUACCUUUUUUGGUUCAUUUACGCUUGUCAUCAUGUGGACUUGAUGAUCACGUUAGUCAGUUCCAUGAUUAUGUUAAUUCCAUGUUUCUUGAACACUUUGAUAUUAGUGUAAACGCACUUCAGGGUCCCAUCCCUGGUGUUAUUAAGCACAUGAGUGAAAUUCCAAGAGCCUUGGGGAACCUCACUUCUUUGGUUGUACUAGACUUGUCUUUUAAUUCAUUAGAGGGGGGCAUACCAGGUUCUUUGUGGAAUCUUUGUAGUUUGAAAGUGUUGGAUUUAGCCAACAACAGAUUAAAUGAGACAAUAUCAGAGCCUUAUAAAACUAUAUCCGGUUGCACUGGAAAUGGUUUAGAGAAAUUGAGUUUGAGAUGGAACAAGGUUAGAGGUCCUUUGUCUGAUUGGUUUUCACGGUUUGCAAAUCUCAAAAUCCUUGAUCUCGCGAACAACUCGAUCUAUGGUCCAAUUCCAGCAUCAUUUGGGAGAUUGUCCAACUUGAGAAUGUUAGAUCUUUCUCAUAAUAGUCUAAAUGGAACAGUUCCAGAAUCUUUUGGGCAACUUUCAAUGCUUGAGAAGUUACUCAUGUCCAGCAACCUCUUGCAAGGAACCAUUUCUGAAGUUCACUUUGCAAAUCUCUCAAGAUUAGAAGAGCUAGACAUUGGUUUCAACUCUUUGGCUUUAAAAGUAAAUUCUGACUGGGUGCCCCCAUUUCAACUCAAUUAUAUAAACAUGAAAUCUUGCAAUAUUGGGCCUCAAUUUCCUGCUUGGCUUCAAAAGCAAAAAAGGGUUAUCACAUUGUAUCUCUCUAACACUAGCAUCUCAGAUGUUCUUCCGCAGUGGUUUCCCAAAAUGAAAUUUUCCUAUCUGGACCUAUCCUUCAACCAAAUCAGGGGCAGGCUACCAGCAUUUUUGAAACCAGAUACUCUCUACAUGAAUCUAUACCUGAGUUCCAACAAAUUUGAAGGUCCCUUGCCAACUUUUCCUUCCAUCCUAAACAGGUUGGAUCUCACUGACAACUUAAUUUCAGGUUGGAUUCCAGAAGACAUUGGCAACAUGACGCCUACAUUGGACAAUUUACUUCUCUCUGGUAAUCAAAUAAGUGGUCCAAUCCCAAACUCAUUGUGCAAAAUAAAUACCCUGCGAGUUCUUGAUCUCUCCAAAAACAGGCUAUAUGGUGACAUCCCAGAUUGUUGGAGCAAUUUCAAGAUUUUGGUUGUUCUAGAUUUUUCAGCCAACAACCUUUCUGGGUUCAUCCCAACCUCAUUUGGAAAUGCAACAUCACUGCAAUCUUUGCACCUAAGCAACAACAGUCUUCAGGGAGAGCUUCCGUUAUCAUUGAGAAAUUGUACAGGCAUGGUUAUUUUCGAUGUUGGUGAAAAUAAAUUAUCCGGAAGUGUGCCUAGAUGGAUUGAGGAGAGUAUGUUGCGCCUUGAAAUUCUUCGCCUACGAUCAAAUAUGUUUGAUGGCAUUAUUCCUUUAGAAAUAUGCCAGCUCGCUGAGCUUCAAGUACUUGACCUUGCACACAAUAAUCUAUCAGGAAUUAUCCCUCCUUGUUUUGGCAAUUUGAGGGGUAUGAUUUCUGGAAAUGGGACAAGUAGUAUUGGUAUUUAUAAAUGGUCAACUACAUAUGGUGAAAACAUGGUUCAGUUCAUGAAAGGGAAGGAGCUCGAGUACACCAAGACACUUAAGUACCUAAUUAACAUGGAUCUUUCUGUAAAUAAAUUGACAGGAACUAUCCCAGAAGAGUUAACAAACCUUGCUGGACUACGCGGCUUGAACUUGUCCAAUAACCAUUUGAAAGGGAACAUGCCUGCCAUGAUUGGCAACAUAAGGUUCUUGGAGUCCAUGGACUUCUCAAGAAACCAGCUUUCUGGCUCAAUUCCACAAAGCAUGUCUGCACUUACGUCUCUAAGCCAUUUGAACUUGUCCUACAACAAACUAUCAGGACGAAUUCCAUCAGGCAAUCAGCUGCAGACCCUUGAUGAUCCAUCCAUUUACAUUGGCAACUCUCAACUCUGUGGCUUUCCACUAUCAAAGUGUGUGAGUGCGGAGCCACCUCAAGCUGACAAUGAAGGGAAAGAUGAAGGAAAUGGACCUGAGAUAGAAUGGUUGUAUAUCUUUAUGUCUGCAGGGUAUGUGACUGGACUAUGGGGAGUUCUUGGUGUCAUGAUGUACAAGAAGAAUUGGAGGGAUGCUUAUUUCAAAUUUGUGGAUGAUAUCAAAGAGAAAACAAUAUCAAGAUUUAAGGAGAAGGUAGCUACGCCAAAUAGAAGGUCUGGGACCAGGAGCAACCACAUGGAAUGGAGCUGGUAA